CGCGUCGCCGCCGAGGUGACGCCCCGCGGCACGAUCGUCUUUGGCGGCGAGGAGCACGGCAGCAUCAGCAGCUUUGCGCUCGCCGCCGCCCGCGGCCGCAACCCGGCGCGGCAGGCGUGCGACGGGUGGCGGGAAGUGCGGCUCGGGGGGCGGCGCAUGGAGGCGUGGCGCCGGGCGUUCAUCGAGGGCGCCGCGCCGCCGGCCGCGCCGGGCGGGCCGCAUUGA